AUGGCCGGUGCCCUCGCCGGUGCCCUCCGGUCUCUCCUUGUAAGGAGGCGACCGCCCCUCAAAUCCCUACUUGCACUCCUCUGCUUGUCUGUCUUUGGAAUCAUGCUGCCAUGGUUCUACCUGUCCUCGGCCGCCACCGUCAGCGGUCUCGCUCUUGCCAAUCCGGCGUCGGGAGCCAAGCAUACUGGCGACCACGUGGAUGCUUGGCACGCCCCCGUCAAGUGGGAGGUUAACAGUCUCGAUAAGGUGCUCAACUCCGAGGGCGUAUACGGCUUCAUCUUCAACUCCAGCGACACGCCCGACAGUGACUAUGGGACGUACAACUACUGCAACAUGCCGCACGUGAGGGCCAAGGAGUACAUCCGGCCCAGUAAGGAGUACGAGCUCCAAUAUGUUGAGCUAAUUCAUCGUCACCACAAGCGUACGCCCUAUGCAGACAACUCAUUUCCCGUUGAGUCAUACCAGUGGAAUUGUAAUGAUCAGGCCCUCUACCUUUAUGGACAGCCGUUACAGGGACACGAUGCCGCUCACGGCUACCGCAAGGGCUACAUCUCGGAUGUGAACCCCUUUACACAGUCCGGAUGGGUUGGAAGCUGCCAGUUCCCCCAAAUCACCCCUGGUGGACUCCAGGACUCGUGGCAGCACGGUGCCGACCUCUUCGGUGUCUAUCACGGCCUGCUUGGCUUUCUCCCAGACAACCUCACCCCCAAGGUCCGGUAUCGUGCUACCAACAAUGUCAUUACCCACCAGGUUGCCGGCAUGGUCAUCAACGGUAUGUGGGGGAUCACAAACGAUGUGCCGCUCAACGUCCAGGCUGUGAAUGUCGACAGCCUAGAGCCCCAAUACAGCUGCCCUGCUGCGUCGAUCCUCUUCAACGCCAUCAAGUCCAAGAGCAACUCGGAGUGGCAGCGCCAUCUGGACGAGGCGCAGGACAUAUACGCCACACUCGACGACAUUUCCGGCGUCCCAAGCGAUGACAGUGGCUUCCAUGUCUCCUUUGACCACUACUUUGACAACCUCUCGUCGCGCCAAUGCCACGACAAGCCUCUGCCUUGCAAGCUCGUCAACGGCAAGAACUCGUCCACGUGCGUAACCCAAGAGCUAGCUGACACUGUCUACCGCCUGGGGCACUGGGAAUACAGCCAGAUGUACCGUGAUAACGACACGACUCUCGCCGCCAGUACGGGAGCCUACGGCGUAUGGGUUGCUGAGCUGGCUGUCAACCUUCGCGCCGUCAUCGAAGGUAACCGGGACGUCCUAUAUACCCACAACAUCGCCCAUGACGGCUCCGUCUCGCGUGUCCUUAGUCUUUUGCAGAUCGAUGAGAUGGUCUGGCCUGGUAUGGGUUCCGAGGUCGUCUUUGAGCUCUACAAAAAGGGCGACGGCCCUGGUACGCAGCAGACAGGUAGCGGCUUCUACGUCCGUGUCCUGUUUGGCGGUCAAGUCCUCAAGUCGUCGAGUCCGGCUCUCGGCGCUAUAGACAUGAUUCCAGCGGGGAAGCUAUUGGAUUACUUUGACUCUUUGGUUGGAAACAGAGCCAGCUUGAUUAAGGCCAAGUGCAACGCUUGA